AUGAAUUUGCAUGUCGCUUCGAGUACCCUCUCCUCCCUUCAAGCCAGGCUGAAACGAAGAGGCGAUACGGCAUGCCGCCAGUCUGGGAACGGCCUUGUUCAUACCUGGGGAAAAGCAUGGCGACGCCUGUUGAACUAA